GUCGCCAUUGCUGUUGGGCUCCUCGUUACGGCCCAGUGACAGGCGGACGGCUCGGGUCGAGGGUGGCAGGCUGGGGGGGGGUCUGUGAAAGCGCCCAGACCGUCUGUUUUCGCCGUGGAAAUCCGUCUCCGUUUGAUGGAUCCGAGGAUAGCCUGGUUUCAGCCAGAACAGCUCGGACCUGCCAACAUUCUGUGGAUGCAAAUUUGGGAAACUACGCAAGGGCUGAGGAAUCUGUUCUUUAAUAAUAACUGUGCGGCGGCGGCGACGACCACGACACCGGCAGCGAGUGUGGGUAGCGACGGCAUGUUGAGAGAGAGGGGCAGCCAAGGAGGAGGGGACUUCGGUGUCCAGAGAGACUUCCUCCCCCUGGAGCCCAGCGCCACUAACACUAACAACAGCAACUUCCAAGCCGGCCCGGGAGAAGGUGGCUGGAGGAAGAACUACGCCGACAACAGCAACAGGAACAGCGUCCCGGGAAACAAGAGGAAACGGGACAACAAGGCCAGCACGUUUGGAUUAAACUACAGCCUCCUGUCUGGUAGUGGCCAUUACAACGGAACUCCUUGGAAAAACCGGAACUACAGUGAGGGAGUCGUAGGACUUCAUGAAGAGAUUAUUGACUUCUACAACUACAUGUCACCAAGACACGAAGAAGCAAAAAUGCGGAUGGAGGUGGUUGAAAGAAUAGAAAAUGUCAUCAAAGAGCUGUGGCCUAGUGCAGAUGUGCAGAUAUUUGGAAGCUUUAGCACAGGCCUAUACUUGCCAACAAGUGAUAUUGACUUAGUAGUAUUUGGGAAAUGGGAGACUCUACCAUUGUGGACUUUGGAGGAAGCGCUGAGGAAACACCAUGUAGCUGAUGAGAGUUCUGUGAAAGUAUUGGACAAAGCAACUGUGCCUAUUAUUAAACUCAUGGAUUCUUACACUGAAGUAAAAGUAGACAUCAGCUUCAAUGUACAAAAUGGAGUGAAAGCUGCUCAGCUUAUCCGUGAAUUUAUCAAGAAGUUUCCAGUGCUGCCAUAUCUUGUUCUGGUGCUGAAGCAAUUCUUGCUACAGAGAGAUCUAAAUGAGGUGUUCACAGGCGGGAUUGGUUCCUACAGUCUGUUCCUAAUGGCUGUUAGUUUUCUACAGUUGCAUUCUCGAGAUGAUGUCUACAGCUGUGAUGCUAAUCUUGGAGUGCUCCUAAUUGAAUUUUUUGAACUCUAUGGAAGGCAUUUUAAUUACCUGAAGACUGGUAUACGGAUAAAUGAUGGUGGUUCCUAUGUUGCUAAGGAUGAAGUGCAAAAGAAUAUGACUGAUGGAUACAGGCCAUCAAUGUUGUAUAUUGAGGAUCCACUUCAGCAAGGAAAUGAUGUUGGUAGGAGUUCAUAUGGUGCCAUGCAGGUAAAGCAAGCCUUUGAUUAUGCCUAUGUUGUUCUCAGUCACGCUGUGUCUCCAAUUGCAAAGUUUUAUCCAAACAAAGAAUGUGAGAGUAUAUUGGGUCGAAUAAUCCGAGUAACUCAAGAAGUUGCUGACUACAGGACCUGGAUACAGGAGCACUGGGGAUCACAAAACAGCGAUGAUCUUUCAUUUAAUGGAAAUGAUGUAACUUUGCUAGUUGGCCCGCAACAACUGGAUAAAUGCAACAACAAUGUUUCUGAAGAAUGCACAGUAAUAAGCCAACCCAGAAGUAGAACCUCUGAGACUUGUCUGAGUAAACAUUCUUCAAAUUCUUCAUCUGGUCCCUUAUCCUCUGCAUCUUCUACCUUAUCCAGUUCAAGUGAUGUUGAUUCUGAUGGAACAUCUUGCAAAAGCUCCAAACAAUCUAGCAGUCAUCAGUCAAAUACUAACAGAUCAGUGCCACAAGGAUCAAUAGCAGAAUCAUCUUCAUCGCCAAGUUUGAAAACUCAACAUAGCCCAUCAAACAAUUCAACAAGUAACAAUACUAAAGCCCAGCUCAGUGCAGCAAGACUCUUCCGUUCAUCUAUCAAAGGCGUCCAAGGACAACAGAACUCCAGCCAAGUUGGAAGCGUAUCGAACAAGCAGAAUUCAGUAAACAAGCCACAUCAACAAUCAUUUCCUAGCAAAAAGAAGAAGCCCAAGAGAGACACAGCCUCAGCAGACUUGUGUCGAUAGUCUGUUUUUGACUUGGUUAACAAAAAUUCCUGCAGCGAUCUCAUAAGCCACAUGAAAUGGGCAGUGCUAGAUGGGAUCUGCUGAAGCUUUUCCAAGAGUCUGGAUUUUGAUUUUUUUUUUCCAGAUUGCUGUUCAAUGAUCAUGGGCUGCAGCGGUUGUCACAAACAUUGCUUCCCUAUUUAGAUGGGCCAUAAGCUGCAGUGAAGCAGAACUUUGACACAGAUGGAAUCGUUGCACAAGAAUUCCCCUCUCCGGGUUUAAGAUGUUAUGGGAGUUGAUCAAACAAGAAAGGAUCUUGAAAUUAUUGAAAAAGAAAAUUUCUGUUGCUUCCUUUGCAAGGAAAAUUUAAAUGUUACAACAAAUGUAUACAUUGUGCACGAUUUUAAAAUUAUUUUUGCAUAUACUGACAUUUUUAUUGUGUAUAUACAGAAAAGAUUGUAUCAGUACAGUAUUUGCAUUGGUAAUCUUUGUGUGUUUUUGGGGUAACAGGUUUUACAUGUCAUUGCAGUUUAAAUUUGAAAUUUUCAGUAUUAGUAAUUUAACAGAUCCCAAUGAUGUUCUCUUACACUUUAUAUAUUAGAGAGAAGGCAAUUUGGUAAGCUUGAAAGUGUUAUACUAAUGCUUAUCCAUGUAGCAACUUCCAGAUUCAUUUGGAUUCUGAAAUAGAAGAUAUCAUUGAUCCAGCAGUUGUUGAAGUACACUAGGUUUAAGGCUUUAAGUAGCACGUGGCAUCUGGAAAAGUGAGACAACAUUUUAAUACUGUUUAAUUCUGUGUGCAGCAUGCAGAUAUUUGUACAACUGUUAAAGAUGCUGUAUGAACAGAAUUGUUCCUCUGAAAUAUUUUAAAGGAAGUUUUAAUAUUUCCUUGUCUCAGGUGUAAUAGUAAAUAUUCAUAUUGUAUUUUACCAAAUGGAAUGAUCACAAAUUUCCUUCUAAAUACAUCCUUAUAGAUAUGACAGCAUAAGUCUGUGUUGUCCCAAUUUCUGGCUUUUCUAUGUUGUGUUAGUACAAGUUUUAAGUACAGGCAAAACCAUAUUUAAUUUCUGUAGAGAGUAACCUCACAGCAUUCUGCUCUAAUAGAUACUGCUUUUGUUUCUUGAACUUUUUAUGUAUGUGUAUCUGUUUGUUGAACCCUUCAAUCCUAGUGCAUCUCCAACUUGCUUUCUUGUACAUAAAAUCAUGACCAAAUAUCAUUUAACAAACUUGUGUUAUAUAGUUACAUUUGUGUUUACAUACUUUGUAAACAGACAUUACUGGAGAAGUUCACACUACAAUUUUCCUAUCAACUGCGGAUACAUCUUACUUAUUAAAAUCAAUGCCAGAAGCAUCAAGCUUCCCUCAGUAAAAAUGGGAACUACGGGGGAAAAAUGGACUUGGUUAAAAUUGCUGUUGAGAAAAAAAGUCCUUAAAAUGCAAACUGAAUAAAAUUAUUAGGAGUGGAGUGGAAAAAUCAAAUGUUCUUUGAUUUAUUUCUUUAAAAAGUUGCAAUUGGUAUAUAUCCACAAGAUAAUUAGACAAAAAUGAAUAAUUGCAGUGUAAAUGAGCAGUGAAAAUUAAAUUCAUGUAGCUUACUCAUUCAAGAAUUUUAAUCUUAAUGUGGAGUGAUAGAAAUACUUAUUCACUACAAUGGGUGUUAUUAGAAUGGGACAUGGAUCCUUUCAGAAGUCCAUGAUAGUUGUUCCACCAAUGAACUCGCUGCUAUUCCGAACAUUUAGUUAACUGUAUUUGAUUGAAGAACAACUUUUCCUUUUGGAAUGCUUUGAAGCAUUUGUCCAGCUGAGCAAUAUAAGGCUUUUUACAGCAAAUUUUGCAAUCAGUCUGAUGCACAAGUAGGUAUCUUUUUUAACUGGCUUCAUUAAUACAUAUUAUCACCAUCAAGGUAAUCAAAAUAAUUCUAUUUAUUGAAUGGAAUGCCAUUCAAUCUCUAAAAUAUACAAUGGAAAGUAAAGAUGAUUGUAAUUAACAUUGAUUCUUCCACAAAAACUCAUUAUUUACAUUUUUAAAAGUUCAUGAUUGCUUCAGAUUUUCUAUGAAGGCAUGAAUUGAUGCAGAACUUUUACUGUAAAAUCCACAUGCUGAAUCAUUACCAGUGAUCAAAAAAUUGUUUAAUAUGGUGCUAGUUGAUAUUGAUCUCAAAGCUGUAAUAAAUACUUUCAGAUUUAAAAUAUUAAUGAUUUGUGUUAGAAAAUAUAUAGCAGUAUAAGAAACCUACUGUCUGGUAACUUUAUUACAGUAGUACUAGUCAGAUAGAUGUUCCAUGCCAAAUUUAUAUUCCAAGUUAAUCUUUAUUUUAUUGAUUAGAUACAUUUAUGAUGAAGAAUGCAUUUUUAUUAUCUUAAUGGUUUACUGUAUGUAGUGAAUAAAUUGUGUUGCUUCAGUAUAUGCUGCUAAUCCAUUCUUAACCAAAUCGAUGCUGCAUUACACAGAUGGAGGUAAACCAAAAACUAUUUAGGAAUGGAUGAAAGGUUAGAGUUAUAUUGCAGAUACUUAUCUUUUUUUGUCAUUUGUGAAUGUAUUUCAGUUUUCAGAUAAGAUUUGAUUUAAUGCCUGAUUGUUAGGAUAUUCUGUAGUAGUUUGUAAAUCCAUAACUUAUAACCUGACAAAUAUAAAAGGGAUCUUAAAAUAGUUAUAUAAUGAAUAACAAGAAUUAAUAUGGUGAAAUGCCAUAAUAAACGGGGCAGUAGUUAAAAUGAUACUGGUUCCAUUGAGAAUCUUUGCCACCAUUUUAGGAAUGUUGCUAGUUAUAUUUAAUGACUUGUUUUGUUAAUUGAUAAAUAAACCUCCUCUUCUAAGACAGCACAACAUCCUUGAAGCAAUGUAGACAAAUUUUUGUAAAUGAAAUAAUAAGUAUGGUUUGCCUUAAAACUAUUUUAUAAUAAUUCAUACAAGGAAUAAAACCUUGGAAAGUUUAAAACACCAGUGACAUUUGAGAGCAGUUCACCUGUUCUGCUUGGCAAUUGUGGUUUCUUAUCUGUGUGCUGUAUUAGGUGUGCUUUGUCAUUUCACUCACUCACACAAAAAAACAAUAGUUUCCAGUUUGUUUUCUAGAUAUGAGACUGAUAAGUUGUGAUGGCAAAUGAACUUACAAUAUGUACUGUAAAUUUAGCAUGUAUAUCAUUUUUGUAAAAUGAACUCUGCUGCCUCUGCAGUAAAUGCAAGAAAAUAAUGGUUAAUUUGAUAGCAUUUCUGAAGAGAAAAGAUGAGUUAAUAUUUUUGAUGUAAAUCCUCCAUUAGAACUGAAGUUCUGAUUAAGGCUGUACACCAAAGAAUUAAUUCAUCUUUCCACUUUAUAGAUGUUGACCAAUUAGCUUUGUAUUGGCAGUAUUUGAUUAUAUAUUUUUGGAAUUGUCAUUUAUGGCAUACUUCUAGAAAAAAAAUUUAUUUUGUUUUCUCCCUCUCCCCCCCCCCCCCAAUUCACUUCAUGGCAUUGGAUGCUCUUUCCUCUUCUCAACAUCUCCCACCCAUCACUUCUUGUCUCUGUCACUCAGACAUCUUUUUACUAAUUGAUUUUUUUUUUGCUUCUGGUUCAAUUAUUUCAAUCCAACAGCUAGUGCACAUUACUUUCAAUAAGAAGGAUCCAGCAUAUUGAAUACCUCCUGUCUCAGCUGUUGGAAAUUGACUCAUCGUAACUUUGAAACAGAUGAUUUAACUUUUAUAUUCUUGUUGCAUUUUUAGGUUUGAAUUCAUAAAUGUCUGUCUUCACAUGUUUUGGUUUGAUUUAUUUUCCAAUGGGUUGCAGUUUGUAAUUGAUUCUCCUAGGAUACCAUCUGUUAAUUCAGAAGAUUACAUGUAAUUGCUAAUACAAUAAAUUGUCUUCCCAUCGCCAUGA